CGGUGAUAAUAGUGCGAGCGCUGUUCAGCAGGAAGUCAAGCCAUAUCAGCGAAGUACGCAUGCGCCACAGCCCUGCACAAUCUAGGGCUGCGUUUCUCCUCAUAAAACGAUGAACAAACUGGAUAGCUGUUAUAUGAAAGCAGCCCCCCUCUGCAUUCUGCUCUGAGUGUGAUGGCGACCAAUGAAGAGGUCACGAUUUCGAUGGCCGAGGUGGUGAUGAUGAAGGCUGACAGUGAAGAAGACCCGAAUAAGACUCAGGUCAUCCUCCAGCUCCAGCCAAUCACCACUGGAGAUGAAUCUGCUGAAACAGACGCCGCUGUCAUGGCCGUUGAAGCACAUCCCGAACCAACUGAGGGAGAGGACGUGGAGAUUGGCUGUCCGAUAACGUGCGGUGACUGCAAAGCUGUGUUGCUAGUGAAGAAGUUUGUGUGCCCGGGAAUCAAUGUGAAAUGUGUGAAGUACGAGGACCAGCUGAUUAGCCCGAAGCAGUUUGUCCACAUUUCUGGAAAAGCCACUCUGAAGGACUGGAAGAGAGCCAUCAGGAUGGGCGGAGUCAUGCUAAGAAAAAUGAUGGAUUCGGGUCAGCUGGACUUCUACCAGCACAGCACACUGUGCACCAACACGUGUCGCAGCACAAAGUUUGACCUUCUGAUCAACAACACACGCUUCCCUCCUGAUGGCUCGGGACUGACCACACCGACGUCCUCUCAAACUCAAGUGGUUCUGGGUAAUGGCGGGGCCAUGGGGGAGGACAGAGCCGAUGUUCUGAGCGGGAAGGUGGACUGGAGCUUGAGCUCACUGGAGUCUGCAGACAAGAAGGAAUCUAACGAGAUCUCAGAGGACACGCUGAACUUCUGGAAGGGCAUUGCUGACGUGGGUUUGCUCGGUGAAGUGGUCACGAACAUCAGCACAGAGCUGCAGGAGCUGUUGAACGGCGUGCAGCAGCGCAAAGAGCCAGCUGCUUUACAGGAAACCGAGGUGGCAGUGCUCAGUAACCUGGCCCAGGUGUUCGGCCUACUCGACUCGGUGAAGAAGAUGCUGGAGAGGAGGAGGCAGCAGACGGAUCCCUGUCAGGAGCAGAUCCUCAGCAUACUCAGCCACCUGGAGGUGCAGCUGGAAGAGCAGAGGAAGCAGCAGCAGGUGCAAGCUCUCCUGUCCUGUCCUCAGCCGGCCAAAAACAAAACUCCCACCAAGCGUCAGACCAAGCGACCUCGUCUCCAGAGGCCCGCCUCCACAACCACCCUCCUGACCUCUCCCAUCAGCCAGCAGGCCACCCUGCAGCCACAGCAGUUCACCGUUCUCUCCCCCAUCUCUCUGUCCUCUGUGGGUCAGCCGUUCACCAUGGCCGGCCUGCCCAUCGCCUCCCUGGCUCAGUCCUCUAACACAGUCACCCUGCUCCCCGCAGGCUCGCAGCUCUUCACCCGCUACAUGGUGGCCGGGGACGGAAAGACGGACACUAUCACCUUGCAUCCAUCCUCUGGCCUCACGCUGGUGGGCACCACCCCAAUGCAGGACUCCAGCCAGCUGGGCACUAUGGUGAGCCCCUUAGAGUUAGUGCACCUGAGCCAGCAGGCUGGGGGGGCAGAGAUGGUGCCCAUAGAAGGCCAAGUGGUGGACAGCACCAUGCUGGUACAGCAGGAGGUGAUGCAGGGCGAGGUGGAGGCUGGCCAGGAGCACACGGUCAUUGAGAUUAACCCAGCCCCGAUGGAGCAGGCAGUGGGAGUGAUGGAGCUGCAGCUAAGCGGGGACGGGAUGGAGGUGACGAUGGCAGCAGGGGUGGAGGAGACACAGUGCCAAAUGCAGGAGGCGCAGACUGAAGGGGUUCAGGGGCUGCAGCUGGAUGCCAGUGGACAGUUGUCAGGUGUACAGAUCGUGGUCAUAGAAGAAAAUACUCAGGAAGAAAACAAGGUCAAAUGAGCUGUGACUCCUGUUUUACCCUGCAGAGCAGGAGUGGACUCAUCCAGCUCUUGCAGACUCAUGAAACUGUAAAUAUAUAAAAUCUCCAAAUCCACAACUCGCCUUGGCCUCCACCAAGCACUAGGGUAGCCAUUUUUUUUCUAUUUUGGUGUGCGUGUGCACAAGCAUCUCUUAACUCCUCGACGAUUUCAAUUGAAACAAAGCAUCAAAACAAAGUAUAUACUGUAUGCUUGUGUUAGAUUAGUAUUUAAAUGAUAAUUCUUGUUAUUACAACUCAGGUCAAAGGUUUCUUAUCUUGCAUUAUUUCCAAUUGUUACAUGGUGGUCACCAAGUUUACUGCUGAGAUAUGAGAAUGUUUUUCUAAGUAGAAGUCAGACUGGGGAAACAAACAAGUUGUCAGACAUUUCAGACGAACACAUCUUGAAUGAAAAACAUCGUUCAUGAACAUCCUCCGCUGUUUGAACUUCCUGCUCGCAGCCAGCUGUACAGAGAUGAACAUUUUAGUUGGCCUCACUUUAGUUUGAAGCAAUGUUUUGGCAAACAAAAGCUUAACAUGAUUAUCAGACUAUUUUAUGGUAACAGCCUUAAAGGAAUGGAUUUUGAUUUAGCGAUAAAUAUCUCAGCGAUAAGUUAGCAAAUGUGCCAGAUCAAGAAACGUCCACACAACUGGUUGUUGUUUCUCAUCAGUGACAGGGUUGGAUCUUUAUUGUAAGUGUUGGACAAUAUCACAGGAAGGAUCCCCGCUGACAUAGAACAGUUUGUUACAUUUCUAACCAGUAACAGAUGUUGUCCCUCCAACAAAGUCCAUCGGCAAAAACAAGUAUUUUACAAAACGGGACAAUGAAAUUUGUGUUUUGAUGUCCCCUGCUUCAGUUGUUGCUGUUAUUUGGUGAUUUUAAGGACAUGAACAAACAAACCAAAUGAACAGGUAGACCAGCAGCAGCAGAUUUUUUUUUUACAGUGGAGUCUGGUGUUUUUGUUUAAGAAGGGAUCUAUUUUUGUAUGUGUCCUUUCUUUAAUGUUGCUUCAGACACGAUGAAUAAUAAUAUGAACUGGUCAGUGGUAAAAAUACUUGUAUACCACAUUUGCUGUGGGCAGUGUUGUAUAUAUAAUAUUCUACAGCACUAAAAACAACAAUAGGAACCCCUGGUACAGCCCCAUGCUCGUCCGAUCAUCUGGUCUUUGCUCAGUCUGACUUCAGUAAAGAGCUGCCCCCCUGAUCUCAGAAACCCCCCCCUCAGUCAUCCAAAUCUGCAGAAACAUGGCCAAAUGUACACUAUCGCCUGAGUUGUAAUAACCUGGAGUUAUCCUAAAGCCUCUAUGAACAACAGUAGGACUAGAGAACAAACUGUAAAGUCAACAUGCAGGGCUGUGAGGGUUCAGCAGCCGGCCGUACGUCUCAGCUCUCCGCUGCUGAUCAGACUCCUUACCAGGAACAGUGUUUGUGUCACUUGAGGCUAGGAUUAUUGCACUGUCUGUCUGUUGUGUCGUAGCAUCGCAUUUACGCUGUAUUGGUUUUGCACUGUGUUGUCCUGUUUGGACUACAGGAAGAUGUUUGCAAAGAUGCCUAUUCACUCAACUUUUCUUUUCCAAUUCAGUCGCGCCGUUGGGUGUGCAGAGUGUUUUCAUUUCUGUGUAAAGCUAAAAAGGAAACAGACUGAUCUCUUCUCACUGGAAACGCAUCGCUUAUGCACUUAUUUUCUCAGUGGUUUCUUACUGCCUGAUUCCCUCAACAUUUCUUUUCUAUUUUGUGGCGGUAUGUUGCUUUAUUUCAGUAUGAUAGGUCGUGUGAGCUACUGGGCUGAUUGUUUAAGUCAAAACAUGAAACAAAAUCUAUAAAUGCUAAACUUGGACUGCUUGUAUUUUACACGUGUAAAAAGGUGUCAUAUUUAUUAGUUCCCAAACCCUCUCUUUCAGGUGCAAACAUGGAUUAAUUUAUGCUACUUCACACCAACAAAGACCCGUUCAAGGCUUGUGCAUUUUUAAGUCAUUUAAUUUAACAGAUGAAAGUAUUUGCAUACUGACUUUGUAAUGUGUUUUAAUAUCAGAUUAAAACUGAAAAAAAGU